AUGUUCAUCUGUUAUAGUCUUCUGGGUCACUUGAAUCUCUUUCUUUCUUUUUCUUUUCCUUAUAAUAAUCAUUCUGUCCAAAAGUAUUUGAUGAUUCAUUCUUCUGGGUCACUUGAAUCUCUUUUCUUUCUUUCCUUUCCUUAUAAUAAUCAUUCUGUCCAAAAGUAUUUGAUGAUUCAUUCUUCUGGGUCACUUGAAUCUCUUUCUUUCUUUCUUUCUUUUCCUUAUAAUAAUCAUUCUGUCCAAAAGUAUUUGAUGAUUCAUUCUUCUGGGUCACUUGAAUCUCUUUUCUUUCUUUCCUUUCCUUAUAAUAAUCAUUCUUCUUCUGGGUCACUUGAAUCUCUUUCUUUCUUUCCUUUCCUUAUAAUAAUCAUUCUGUCCAAAGUAUUUGAUGAUUCAUGUUCAUCUGUUAUAUCUUCUGGGUCACUUGAAUCUCUUUCUUUCUUUCCUUUCCUUAUAAUAAUCAUUCUGUCCAAAAUAUUUGAUGAUUCAUGUUCAUCUGUUAUAGUUUCUGGGUCACUUGAAUCUCUUUCUUUCUUUCCUUUCCUUAUAAUAAUCAUUCUUCUUCUGGGUCACUUGAAUCUCUUUUCUUUCUUUCCUUUCCUUAUAAUUCAUUCUGUCCAAAAUCUUCUGGGUCACUUGAAUCUCUUUCUUUCUUUCUUUCUUUCUUUUCCUUAUAAUAAUCAUUCUGUCCAAAAGUAUUUGAUGAUUCAUUCUUCUCGGUCACUUGAAUCUCUUUCUUUCUUUCCUUUCCUUAUAAUAAUCAUUCUGUCCAAAAAGUAUUUGAUGAUUCAUUCUUCUGGGUCACUUGAAUCUCUUUUCUUUCUUUCCUUUCCUUAUAAUAAUCAUUUUGUCCAAAAGUAUUUGAUGAUUCAUUCUUCUGGGUCACUUGAAUCUCUUUCUUUCUUUCUUUUCAUUAUAAUAAUCAUUCUGUCCAAAAGUCUUUGUCUUGUGUAUCAAUUGAAUGUCAACUUUCCUUCCUUCCUUCCUUCCUUCCUUCCUUCCUUCCUUCCUUCCUUCCUUCCUUCCUUCCUUCGAUCUAUCUGA